UUUUUUUCGUUUUCUAUGUUAUCCAAAUCCCUACGCAUCGAUCCUUUCAUUCGCAUCAUUCAUUCAUCAUAAUACAGCUCCAAGUAUCCAACCAACCAUGAUUUUCCAAUUUUCUAUAUUUAGCCACCAUGUGGUUUCUGCAAACAAUAAUUACAUUCAUAUUUUCAAAUAUUCUAUCCGCCCCAUAUAUAUAAAUUUGUUUUCAUUUUUCGGAUGUCUCAUUUAUAUAGGCUUAUUUCUAUAAAAAAUAUUUUUUUUUAUUCAUUUACCUAUUGUAUUCUAAUUUUUUUUAAUUUACUCUAACUUUAAUCUUUAAUACUAUAUCAUUGAAUAAUAAAUAUGGACAUAUUAGAAAUUUUAUUUAUAUAUUUUCAUUUCCCACUGCUAGAAUAUUCUCUUUUUUUUCACUCGACGAUGAAGCUCGAAAACCAGGAAAUCGGAGUUCAAGCUCCGCUGCUCCCGGAAGUCGAGCCAAUCAACGGUGAGAGAUCGAACGCCGGCGCGUCGAUCUCCGGCGCAAUCUUCAACAUCUCGACCGGGAUGGUGGGAGCCGGAAUCAUGUCGAUUCCGGCCACGUUUAAGGUGCUAGGUGUGAUUCCUAGCUUCGUGGUAAUCCUGGCCAUUUCCUAUUUAGUGGAGGUGACCGUGGAAUUCCUCUUGAAGUACACGCAGUCGGGGCAGUGCAACACCUAUGGGGAGCUCAUGGCCGAGUCGUUUGGGAAAACGGGAGCAGUUGCGCUUCAAGUUUGUGUCGUCAUUACCAAUCUUGGCGCUUUGAUUAUUUAUUUGAUCAUAAUUGGAGAUGUUCUCUCAGGAAAUGAGUCCGAUGGAACAGUCCAUUUAGGUGUGCUGCAGGAGUGGUUCGGCAUCCAUUGGUGGAAUUCUCGUGCAUUCUCGCUGCUUUUGGUUGUGCUUUUCGUCUUACUUCCCUUGCUUCUUCUACGGCGCAUAGAUUCACUAAGACAUGCCUCUGCUAUAUCGGUGCUAUUAGCAGCGUUCUUUGUCGCCAUAUGCUCGGUGAUGGCAAUACACGCGUUGUGGGUCGGGGAAACAAAAACGCCGAGACUAUUUCCUGACUUUUCCGGUGGUGUCUCCGCGCUCACUCUUUUCACUACUGUUCCUGUCUUUGCAACUGCCUUUGGAUGUCAUGUAAAUGUGCAUCCGAUAAGAGCCGAGCUGGGCAGGCCUUCGGAUAUGAGCUCAGCUGUCCGAAUCUCACUCGUACUAUGCGUUGCAAUAUACUUUGCUGUUGGCUUCUUCGGCUACCUGCUUUUUGGUGACUCGAUAAUGGCAGACAUGCUAGUAAACUUCGACAAAACUUCAGAUUCUCUCAUCGGCACCAUUCUCAAUAGUACUGUUAGAUUGAGUUACGCUAUUCACCUCAUGCUCGUCUUUCCCGUGAUGAACUACUCUUUAAGGGUCAAUGUCGACGAACUAUUCUUCCCCAAGAAGCCUGUCUUGGCUGCAGAGAACAUCAGAUUUCUGUCUCUCACGUCUAUUUUGCUUGCAUUGAUAUACUUUGCAGCUAUUGCUAUUCCAAAUAUAUGGUACUUCUUUCAGUUCAUGGGGACAACAACGGUCAUGUGUCUCAUGUUCAUUUUCCCAAGCUCAGUUGUUCUCAGAGAUGUUCACUGCAUGUCCACAACGCGGGAUAAGGUCUUGGCAGUGUUGGUGAUCUUCUUGGCUGUGGGGACGAGUUUGGUUGCCAUUUUCUCGAAUUUGUCCGAUUAUUUCGGCUUCAAAUGACCGCAAGUAUAUACCACCUUCGCCACCACAAGAUUUAGGGGGGUGUAUUAGUUCAAGACUUUGAUAGAUUUCUGCAAACUUUUAAAGUCCAGAUGUAUUAGUUCAAGACUUUUAAAAGUCUAUGAAAAUCUGAGUGUAUUCGUUCAAGACUUUUAAAAGUCUAUAAAAAUCUGGGUGUAUUCGUUCAAGACUUUUAAAAGUCUAUGAAAAUUUGGGUGUAUUCGUUAA